UCUUGGCCCCCGCCUCCCCGAAACCAAAACACAGCAAGCUCGGGAGAAGCCGCGAGCGGCGCGGCGGGGCGGGCAGACUCGCAGCGGCAUAGAGCCACGGGAGGCUGAUGCAACCUUCCCUUUAAGAAAGCCACCUGGGUACUCUGCGGUGCGGACCCAGCACGCCUGGGCUGGGGGCUGCAGCAUGCUCUUGAAGUCUGUGGUCUGAAAAGUGCUGGAAGCAAAACCUGUGAGUGGUCCCAGAUCCAGAGCCCCCACCCCACUGCCGCCAUGGUAGGAAAAGGAGCCAAAGGGAUGCUGAAUGGUGCUGUGCCCAGCGAGGCCACCAAGAGGGACCAGAACCUCAAACGGGGCAACUGGGGAAACCAGAUCGAGUUUGUACUGACGAGCGUGGGCUAUGCCGUGGGCCUGGGCAAUGUCUGGCGCUUCCCAUACCUCUGCUAUCGCAACGGGGGAGGCGCCUUCAUGUUCCCAUACUUCAUCAUGCUGAUAUUCUGCGGGAUCCCCCUCUUCUUCAUGGAGCUCUCCUUCGGCCAGUUUGCAAGUCAGGGCUGCCUGGGGGUCUGGAGGAUCAGCCCCAUGUUCAAAGGUGUGGGCUACGGCAUGAUGGUGGUGUCUACGUACAUCGGCAUCUACUACAACGUGGUCAUCUGCAUCGCCUUCUACUACUUCUUCUCAUCUAUGACACACGUACUGCCCUGGGCCUACUGCAAUAACCCCUGGAAUACGCAGGACUGCGCCGGGGUGCUGGACGCCUCCAACCUCACCAACGGCUCCCGGCCCCCAGCCCUGCACAGCAACCUCUCCCACCUGCUUAACCACACCCUGCAGAGGAACAGCCCCAGCGAGGAGUACUGGAGGCUGUAUGUGCUGAAGCUGUCAGAUGACAUCGGCAACUUCGGGGAGGUGCGGCUCCCCCUCCUCGGCUGCCUCGGCGUCUCCUGGGUGGUGGUCUUUCUCUGCCUCAUCCGAGGGGUCAAGUCUUCAGGGAAAGUGGUGUACUUCACGGCCACGUUCCCCUACGUGGUGCUCACCAUCCUGUUCAUCCGCGGCGUGAGCCUGGAAGGGGCCUUCACGGGCAUCAUGUACUACCUGACCCCACAGUGGGACAAGAUCCUGGAGGCCAAGGUGUGGGGGGACGCAGCCUCCCAGAUCUUCUACUCCCUGGGCUGCGCGUGGGGAGGCCUCAUCACCAUGGCUUCCUACAACAAGUUCCACAACAACUGCUAUCGGGACAGUGUCAUCAUCAGCAUCACUAACUGUGCCACCAGCGUCUAUGCUGGCUUUGUCAUCUUCUCCAUCCUCGGCUUCAUGGCCAAGCACCUGGGUGUGGAUGUGUCCCGCGUGGCCGACCACGGCCCUGGCCUGGCCUUCGUGGCUUACCCUGAGGCCCUCACACUGCUGCCCAUCUCCCCGGUCUGGUCACUGCUCUUCUUCUUCAUGCUCAUCUUGUUGGGGCUGGGCACUCAGUUCUGCCUCCUGGAGACUCUGGUCACGGCCAUCGUGGAUGAGGUGGGGAAUGAGUGGAUCCUGCAGAAGAAGACCUACGUGACCUUGGGCGUGGCUGUUGCGGGCUUCCUACUGGGCAUCCCCCUCACCAGCCAGGCAGGCAUCUACUGGCUCCUGCUGAUGGACAACUACGCAGCCAGCUUCUCCUUGGUGGUCAUCUCCUGCAUCAUGUGUGUGUCCAUCAUGUACAUCUACGGGCACCGGAACUACUUCCAGGACAUUCAGAUGAUGCUGGGAUUCCCACCGCCCCUCUUCUUCCAGAUCUGCUGGCGCUUUGUCUCUCCAGCGAUCAUCUUCUUCAUCCUCAUCUUCACCGUGAUCCAGUACCGGCCAAUCACCUACAACCACUACCAAUACCCAGGCUGGGCCGUGGCCAUCGGCUUCCUCAUGGCUCUGUCCUCGGUCAUCUGCAUCCCCCUCUACGCCUUGUUCCAGCUCUGCCGCACAGAUGGAGACACCCUCCUCCAGCGUUUGAAAAAUGCCACAAAGCCAAGCAGAGACUGGGGCCCUGCCCUCCUAGAACACCGGACUGGGCGCUAUGCCCCGACCAUGCCACCCUCGCCUGAAGAUGGGCUUGAGGUCCAGCCACUGCACCCAGACAAGGCCCAGAUCCCCAUCGUGGGCAGUAAUGGCUCCAACCGUCUGCAGGACUCCCGGAUAUGAACACAGUUGCCAGGGGAGCGCCCCACCCCACCCCGUGCUCCCACCACAGAGACUGGGGAGGCAGUGGGCAGGUGUCACCGCCUGCCCUCGUCACACCCUGGCCAGGGCGGCUGCUGUCACCUUGGCCACCACUGCUAGCUCGUGUCCCCAGUGUUUACAGGUCCUUUGGAUGUCAAGAUGGCAGCUGGGGGGUGGUAUGGGUGACGGGAGGGCGGGUGGGGGUCCCAAAGAACUUUGGAGGGGACGUGGGUCAGGUCCCCAGAGUCCUGCAGGGCCUUACAUGACCUGUGAUGCCCCCACACUGCCCUGACUGAGGGUCUGGGUGGGCCCCCAGCUGUCCCCCUCGUGGGCUUCCAACCCCUUAACUAACCAGUGUUCCUGCCCUUAGAGCAGGGCCCAGCCUCUGCCCAGGCAGAUUCGGAUCUCCCCGCUGGGAGGCUGGAGGGUGUGUCGUGUUACUGUCAGGCUGUGCUGCCCAGCCCUGUUUGUCUGUGUAAUUAUUUUUGUAAAAACUGUAUUAUCUGUGGUUGCCACUCCCUCGUCCCCAGCCUUGGGCUCCAUCCGUCUUCCAGGCCUGCCUGCACCUUAUCUGGUGGCUUGGGCUCUCUGCACUUCAUUCUGGCCCUGGCUGUCAGGCCCAGCUAAUAGAGCCCAUGACCCAGUCGCCUGCCCAAAGCGCUAGUUUGGGGGCAGGGAGGAGAGAGCAGGGCCGGGGGGUUGCUCAGCAGGAGGCUUGCUCCUAGAGCCCUGGCGAAGGAGCUGCACACGUCCCAGCCCUGCCCUCCCUCCACCAGGCUGAAGGCCCAGUCUUCCCAAAUUGGGCUGCCCUCACUCGUGUGCCAAAUGGCCCCAGCCCGCGUGCCCCUCCCCUCCCCAGCCCUGCAGGGUCCGUUUGUCUGUCCUCUGUGCUCCUCUGUGCAGUGACAGCCCGACCAAGCCGCCUCUAAUCCUCUGUAGCAAUAACGGUGCACGGCCACCCCUGCACCACCCGUGCACCACUAGGAUUUGAAAGUCCAUAGAUUUUAAUGAAAUUUCUAUUCCUGUCUCUGAGCUGCUGCUGUGCUUUGUGUGGGUCCCCCAGGGGGACAAGAGUCAGGGCUGGGAUGAGACCUCUGCCUGCCAGGUCUUUGUGGAGGCCUGG